AUGUGCGGGACGGCAACACCCUUACCACUCGCUCGCUCUCUCUUUCUGUUUCUCUCUCCACCUCCUCCUCCUCCGCGACUCGGCCGCAAGCUGCCGCAUACGAUGCCGCCGCCUAUCCUCAACACGUCCCACUCUCCCACGGUGCUUGGGAGCCUCGCCGGGCCGGCAAACGGCUAUCGCUUCCACACUGGCCACAAGCGCGAACUCAUGGAUUGGCCAAGUCUCACAGUGCGCAGCUAUCUGUCGGCUAAGGUACUUAGCUUUGCACAUAAUGUCUGGCCUCAUGUCACGGCUUCGGGGCUCCAGGGCAGGCCAGAUAGCUUCUUAGUGGACCCAUUCUCGUGCAGGGGGCGUUAUCCAUCUCAGAUACGUGCGUCAACCGAAUGCUACCCAAGAGACGGGUCCUGUCCACCUUUGCACACACGUGCAGCCACCUCUGCGUGUGGCUUCGGCGUCCAAGAGCGUGAGGCAUGGCUGUAUGCCCGUCUCACAUAUGCCUCGCCGUGA